AUGGAGGGCCGCCUCUUCGACAAGCCCCUGAACCCGAAUAAGCUCCUCAAGGAGCAAUUCGUGAGCAACCUGACGGGGUCUUCCCUGCUGGAGAUCGCGGCGCUCUCCACCGUCGUGCCGGCAUUGGUAGUUCUCAGAAAGUGGAGCAGCAGAGAUAAUUCUAGGAAGGAUUCAGCAAAGAAAAAUGAUGAUCAAGUUCACCCUGUUCGUAAAUAUUGGAUGCAGUACUUCUCUACACUAGGUGUAGAUUAUCUCACUGUUGUAUUGCCAAUUAUUUUGGUUUUCACAGUCUUAUCUGAAUGGGCUUUUACGUGUGCUGUUUCUCUUGUAAUCCUGAUAUCCAUCUACAUCAUGUUUAAAAGGUCUCAGUUUCAUCUUAGAGAUGGGUUCAGUCAGGUACCUUUGCUCAGGGCAGACAUAUCUUCUUACCGUGUCUCAGUGGUUCUGGUGACAUGUUUGUGUAUAUUAGCUGUGGACUUCAAAAUAUUUCCAAGACGCUAUGCCAAGGCUGAAACAUAUGGUAGUGGCAUCAUGGAUCUUGGAGUAGGAUCUUUUGUAGUGGCUAACGCACUGGUAUCUAGACAAGCACGAAACAUAGCCUCAAUGAGUUUCAAGGCAGCACUGAGUUCCAUAAGUCCACUAGUAUUUCUCGGCUUUGCUCGCAUUAUCUCCACAUGGGGUGUUGAUUAUCAGGUCCAUGUAGGAGAAUAUGGCGUUCAUUGGAACUUCUUUUUCACCCUCGCAGCUGUUUCUAUCCUUACAUCCAUUGUCAGGAUCCAUCCAAAACAUUGUGGCUUAGUUGGUCUGCUUAUUCUUGCUGGAUACCAGAUUUGGCUAUCUUCUGGAUUGAAUGAGUACCUCAUUUCUGAUAAAAGAAGUGCCGAUAUAAUCAGCCAGAAUAAGGAGGGCAUUUAUAGCAUCCUCGGAUACUGGGGUAUGUUUCUAAUUGGUGUUUCUUUGGGUUUCUAUCUGUUUGUUGACACCAGUUCAAAAGGCAAGAACAGGAACACAGUCAUGCAAAUCUGGGUUCUUUCCGCAUCUUUUUGGAUUUUGGCAAUCAUCUUUGAUAGCUAUAUUGAGAGAGUUUCUCGGCGAAUGUGCAACUUCGCUUAUGUUAUGCUUGUUUUUGGCCAGAAUUUUCAGGUUUUAUCUAUCCUCACAUUAGCUGGGUUUGCCUCGUAUCAAAAGAACUUGUUUCUUGAAGAUGCAUUCAGUCAAAAUAUGCUUGGUUCAUUCCUUCUGGCAAAUAUCCUUACUGGUCUGGUUAAUCUCUCAGUUAACACGCUCUCUGCCUCUUCCUUCACUGUCUUCAUGAUUCUGUCAGUAUACACCUUUACUUUAUGCAUGGUUACUGGCCUUGCCCAUUUUUGUGGUGUUAGAAUGAAAUUCUGGAUGACCGAAACGCCCCUAAGCUCCUGCCCCUGGCAUUUGGCCGACGGGUGGUGCGGCGAGCGGAACAAGGCCUCGGCGCCGCCUCCCCCGCCGUGGGCGCGAAACAAGUCGGCCGCGACCAUCGAGGCCUUGUCCGGCCCGCUCGCCGCCGCGGCCUCCCGCCUCUCGGCCCGCUCCUAUGCGCUCCCCUCGUCCCUCGACUUCCACUUCUACAACAACUUCUCGGCCUCCCUCGGCAUGCUCGGCGUGGCCCCGCUUCUCCCGACGCGGCAGCAGCAGCCGUUCCCCGGGGGCGGUGACAUCGACGACGCACACGACUGGCUCGUCGCCCUCAACGACGACCUGCUCGAGCGUUUCAGCGCCUCCACGAACGAGUUCAAGGCGCUGCGGGAGAAGGAGGAGGCCUCCAGGCGGAGGGCGGCGCCGGAGGCUGGGGACGGGGACGGGCUUGGGAUUGGACAACUAUGA